UUCUAUCCUUACAGUAAGCGACUUUCAAAAUACAAAUUCAGAUCCAAAAACAGAAUUCCUCUUCCUUCUUUUUCACGCUACUAACAAAUCCAACAUUUCCCCCUUAAUCUAGCACUCCCUCAUUCUCUCUCUACACUUCCAACCAGGCGGAAAAGGAAGGCUGUUAGCAAUGGCGACAGUCCGAGUGUUUUCUAUCACAAUUGUCUUUGCUAUUCUGUUUGUUCAACAAUGUAUCUGUACAGAUUCGCCCGCACCAGCACCGGAAUCCGGUGCUGAUGUGGCUUCCUCUCCACCGGAGAGUCCUGCUCCGUCGCCUUUAUCAAAUCUAACUUCUCCUCCAGCUCCUCCACCGUCAGAUCUCCCUUCGGAUUCAUCUCCGGCGCCAUCACCGGUGAAUGAUGGUACUGCCUUCAAUAUCUUCUCUUAUAUUCCCUCAGUUAACUUUUACUCGUCACAUUUCGCACAUUUCGCUUUUCGAGUUGCUAUUAUUUUGCUAAUAAAUGACUCUAUUAUUGUGGUGUUACCUUUGCUUCAUACUGCUACUUCAAAAGAUUCACCGUCUCCAGCACCAGCUCCAAAUUCUGAAGUUGCAAGUGAUAUAAGCCACGAGAGUGCUGAGGAUUCGAAGGAAUCGUCUAGUGGUGGAAUGACCAGCGGGAAGAAGGCUGGAAUAGCAGUUGGAGUUAUCGCAGCCGUUUGUUUUGUUGGUCUUGGUGCAUUGGUGUAUAAGAAGAGGCAACAGAAUAUUCAACGAACACAGUUCGGGUAUGAUGCUAGGAGAGAAAUUCUUUAGGUGAUUCUAUAUAUCAUAUGCGUUCAGUUUAUAUAGAUAACAUAUACUAUACUGCAUUGAUUGAUCUUCAUGAUUAGAUUUGUUGCAUUUGGAAUUUGUACGACAAUAUUAUUAGAUUUAUUUGAUUCUUUACUCACUGUACUA